UUCAGUUAUUACCUUACUUUCUUCAAGGCGGCGUGACUUUUAGUGUUCGUGUGGUGUCGUAAAUAUAAGAAGCAGAUUUCCACUUUUUCGUACAGUUGGUGCUCGAGGAUUACUGAACCAGAAAGGAUCCUAGCAUUUGCAAGCAAUUAGCUCUCUAAACAUUGUUUUAUUUAGGGGAAAAAAAGGAAGAAUGUACAGCGACUACCGCCAAGACACGCCAAUCCCACGUCGCCAUAGUAUGUGGGACGUCACACUGGCCCCAAAAUGGCGUCACAGGAGCCACUCCCUCGGUCUCGUCAAUGUGUCUGGAUAUUCACCCGGUUUAAGUCAGAUGAUGAGCACCAGCACCAGCCAGAGGACCCCAGCGACCCCCUGCUUCGUCAGUCCCCGGAUGGCCUUCUCCACCCAGUUCGCCUUCGAUUCCCCCAUUCAGAUCCUGACCUCCAGCAGCCCUGGAUCCCUCGCCCCUCGCUCGGUGUCCAAGCUGAGGGGCCGCUGUUCCCUGAAGAGGUUGUCUCGCCGCUGGAAGAUCGUGCUCAUCAUGUUCUUCACGGCUGUCGGGACGGGGCUCUUCAUAGGCAGGAAGAUGAGGGAGAUUACGAGCAUGAACACGAGGCUUUGUCAAGACGGGGAACACGGCUGCGAAACUGACCACGAAACGGAACACGUGCAUCCGGGACUCGCCGAGAGGUUCAUGGACAUUGUCUCCAUCGACAAGGUCCACGAGCACUUCCACGCCCUGGCGAGGGGCCUGCGCAGGAACCUGGAGGAGCGGCUGGAGGAGCAAGAGCAGGAGCAGGAGCAGGAGCAGGAGCAGGGAGAUCCGGCAGGAGGGGAUCCCCAGACUGAAGAGCAGGAUAGUCAGACGCUCGAGGAGACUCUGUUCGACACGGGGACCGGCGCGCAAGUCUCGGAAGAACCAGAACCAGAACAGGAACAGGAACAAGAACAGGAGCGGAAAGAACGAGACGAUGAGCAGGCGCUGGGCAUCCCCGCCAGGCACCCGAGGGGCAUCGGCGAGCAGACCGCGUCGGGGAAGAGCGAUGCCGAAGGGGGGCGGAAGGUGGUCGACUCCGAGUACCAGGAGGACGGGGAAGCCGCCCCUCCCCUUGGCCAGAGGACGUCGCACCUCGCACCCCAGCGGAGGCAGCCGGAGGUGUCCUACAGGCGAGCAGGAAGUCCCCCGAAGAAAAUAGUAGCCCAGAACAGGGUGCAGGGACAGCCGCCUCCGUCGGCCUGGUCUCGGCAGCAGAACCAGAGGCCGCAGCAGAACCCUGGCCAGCGGAGGAACGAGGCGCAUCGGGGGCCAAGACCUGCUCCUGAAGACGGUCGCAGGGGCGCGCAGGCCAACCGAGCUGUGAGGACCCCGCCUGGCGUUAAUCCCAGAAGAUACGACUUCUGAUAAUAGGACUUCAGAAAAUCCUGUGGAAUUUUAUGUAAGGUAAUCCGUUUUUAAAGGUGAACAUAGGCUGUGGAGACUACUGUAAUUUUAAUAUGUCGAUAGGUGAUCAUUUUAUAAUUUUAAUAAGACGAUAUUUGCCUAAUAUAAUAAAUAAUUAAGGUAAA